ACUCGCAAAGCCAAAGAUGGAACUCCUAGAAGUGUUACAUUUGUGUGUAAUCGACAAGGAAAUAAAAAGAGCAAAACACAAGAUGUGUUCCACCCUUUUUGCUUUUUGCUUUUUGUGUAAAGUAUGUAACAAGUAUGAUAACUUUCUCUGAGUUCCCUGCACAUAAACUAAUGUAAACCUGAUGUAACUCUGUCUUCACAUACAUUAAGUCUCUGUGAAGUCUGUGACAUAGACAGUUAUUCUAUGUGAGCACCAAGAAAUCUAAUAAGAAGAGAAAAGAAGAAGGUACCAAAGGAAAUUCAAGCAACUUCGCUGAAUGAUCCGCGGAUCACCCGUUCAUCGAUACAUCGACCCGACCCGUCUGUCCUCGAUCCUUUCCCUCGAGAUUGUAGCAUUGAAUUGCUAUAAAGCUUCACCUUGCGAAGAAAUUGGCCGGUGGCGGGAGCUGCUGCGGUCCUGUAAUUCGACUGAGCCGGGCAAUUUUCCCGGCAUCUGAUUUCGAAGGUCAGUUCAGCUCUGGGAAUUACCGCUUAUGGAAACUAGUCUGUAUCUCUGGCUCCUGAAUCACAACCCUAGCCUUGUAUCUUAAUAACGCUAGGGUUGGAGCUUCAUCUGUUCUGUAAAUAGCGUAUUCAAAAUUGGCUCGUAUGCAAUUAGAUAAUGAGGAAUUUGAAUAUAGUAUGCCCCGUAGCAAGUCCCCGAAUUCGUGGGUUACUCAAAGGGUUGUGUUCUUUGGCCCUAAUCGUCUUAUUAUACAACGGAAGAGAUGUCUUGAGAAAGCCACGCUUUCUGGAGUCUUCUCCUUCGAUUGGGUUGGCCUCAAAAAGCAGGUUUUAUGGUCGGUCAAACCAUGUGGGAGUGAUCGGUCGCCGAAUGGUUGAAGUGGAUGUGAAUUCUUCAAUUAAUGAUCCCUGCGAUUUGUCUGUUGAGAAUCCUGGCUUCUGUAGUGGAUUAAGUGAUCAUAGGGGAUAUGAGAGUGGUUGUGAUUUCUUGAAAGCUCACCCAAAAUGCACAUCUGGAGGGUUCUUUGAUUACAUAAAGUUCUAUUACUGUGGUUGCAGAGAAAGUGCAUGGGCUUACUUGGCAUUCGCACUCUGGCUUGUUACCCUUUUUUAUCUUUUGGGUAACACGGCAGCGGAUUACUUCUGUUGUUCCUUGGAGAAACUCGCGAGCCUGCUGAAGCUGUCACCGACAGUUGCAGGUGUAGCUUUGCUCCCCCUGGGGAAUGGUGCUCCCGAUGUCUUUGCUAGUAUUGCAGCUUUUGUAGGGACAGGUGCUGGUGAGGUUGGUCUUAAUAGUGUUCUGGGUGGGGCUGUUUUUGUAACUUGCAUUGUUGUUGGGGCUGUUUCUCUCUGCGUGGCUGAUCAGUAUGUUCAGAUUGACAGGAAAUGCUUUAUUAGGGACAUUGUGUUUUUCAUUGCAACUCUCUUGUCCCUUUUGUUGAUCUUGAUUUUCGGCCGGGUAAGUGUGCUAGUUGCAGUGGCAUUUUUGUCCAUUUACAUCAUUUAUGCUUUUGCUGUUGCUGCUAAUGAGAUCUUAAGGAAACAUGCCAGAAGGUUGAAAUUGGAUUCUAUCACCCCACUGCUUCCCGUGAGAGGCACUAUAUUUUCUCAAGGAACAGAAGAGGAUUACUCCAUAUAUACCCCUUUUAUCGACCUUGAGACAGAAACCAGUGAUGGUGAACAAUCACAUAGCUCCCUUCCACAGUGGAUGUGGUCAUCAAAUCUGGCAAUCUAUUCAAACCAGACCAUUUGGGUGCCUGACAGUGAGUGGCCUUUAUGGGGUUGGAAUGACCAGGACAUUGAAGUUGAUGAACAAACCUCAUUUUCCUGGUCAAAACUAUGGUCUAUACUGGAGAUUCCAGUGGCAUUGCCAAGACGGUUAACGGUUCCCUUAGUUGCAGGAGAAAGAUGGUCAAAGUUCUAUGCAGUAGCCAGUGCAUGUCUGGCCCCGGUUCUUCUGGCAUGCCUCUGGUGUACACAAGACAACAUGACUAGCAAUAGCAAACUCGUGUCGUUUAUCAUUGGUGUUUCUGUUGGUUGCACUCUUGGCCUUCUUGCAUUCAAGUUCACAAGAUCAGACCGCCCACCUCACAAGUUCUUGUUUCCAUGGGUCGCGGGUGGUUUUGUGAUGAGCAUUGUCUGGUUUUACAUGAUUGCAAAUGAGCUUGUUGGGCUGUUGGUUGGACUAGGGGUGAUGAUGGGUGUGAACCCUUCCAUCCUCGGGUUGACUGUUUUGGCAUGGGGAAACUCAAUGGGCGAUUUGGUUUCAAAUGUUGCCUUGGCAGUUAAUGGCGGGGAUGGCGUGCAGAUUGCAUUUUCUGGAUGCUAUGCCGGUCCAAUGUUCAAUAUACUAAUUGGUUUGGGAAUCUCAAUGGUCAUCGGAGCCUGGUACGAGAAACCCAGUCCCUACACACUCCCAUUGGACCAAAGCUUGUAUUUCACAAUGGGUUUCCUCAUGCUCGGACUAGCGUGGGCCCUCGUUGUGCUUCCUAGAAACGAUAUGCGCCCUAACAGAAUGCUUGGGGGUGGACUACUACUCAUCUAUUUGAUAUUUCUAUCUGUUAGGCUGAGCAGCGCAGUGGGAGUCCUUUCGAUAUCUGGUCUUCACUGAUCAGAUUUAGCUAUGUCAUGUAAGAAAUGUUGCGAAAUCUCCAGAUUAUAUAAAACUUUCCUGUUCUUCGACUUUGCCUUGAUGUAUGCAUGUAUUUGAACUAGUAGUAUCUCAAUGAAAUCUCAGGUACAAAAUUUCAAAUUCUAACUCGCCCCUCUCUCCCAAAGUAAUUUUCUUGAUUGGGUUUGGCACAAGCUUGAAGAAAAGAGUGAAAUUAGG